UUGCCUCCUUGCAUUUUGAUACCAAAAUAUAAGUUAUUCGUAAGUGCUAUUACGUGAACAAGAUGAAAAUACGAACCUACGCACAUCUUGAACGGUGGAAUGUGGCCCGCUAGCAUAUACUGACAUGUCAACCCGUAGCGUAUCUAUGCGGGCCCGGCGGGGCCACAAGGAGCGCUCGAAGAACUUCACCGAGCUCGAGAAGCGGACCGUCCUGGAGCUCAUCGCGAGACACCGAGACGUGUUGAGACAGGGGCGGUCCAAUAACGCAACAAAUCGGAGUAAACAGCUGGUGUGGUCAACCAUAUGCGAGGAGGUAAACGCAAGGUGCGGUGGAGAUAAACCCCGCACGCCGACACAGGUCAAGAUGUGGUACGAGAACUAUAAGAAGAAAUGCAAGAUGCGCGCGCAUGAUAAUCAGUUGCAACAGCCGUCUACGGAAACGCCGGGUCUGCUGGACGGAAUGCUCUGGCAGAACAUUAACCCUCUCGAUGUCAAAGAUGAGGAGUGCGAGGCUACCGGAAGCGCUGAUGGAGGCGCGCACAGCGUUAAAGACGACGACUGCGUACCUGUUAACGUGAGUACCAUCUCCGAUAUGUCAAACGGCCGAUUGUCAAGCACGAACGACAGCGACGACACGAUGCCCAACGUCCUAGAACCUCAUGUCCAAAUAAUCCCCCACUCGUCGCCCACGCCCCCAUUAAAGCCCCUCCCUAACAUUCUCCCCCACCUUCCUAUCCUCACAAAUCCCCUCCAAGCCAUAGAGCAAGCGAGAUUGCAGCAAAAUUUCUUGCAGAAAUUAAAUGAACUGUCAAACACGCCUUUAAAUUUAAGUAAUUUAGAUGAUGAACAGCGGAACGGUCAUGAUAGGUGCCAGGAGAAAAAAGAUGAACAAAUAAAACACGACUGCGGUAGUGCUACUGAAGAAGAGCGUCUAUAUUUUUCGGCGAAACGCCAACACGCGAUCUGGGAGCACGAGGCCAAAAUGAAAAUUUUAACGAUGGAGUUAAGACAAAAAGAAGAAAUAUUUUCAUUGCAAAAGCAAUUGUUUUUAAUCGAGUUAAGAUUGAAAAUGGAUUUUUUGGAGAAAGCUAGCGCUAAAUAAGGCUGUGUCUUGGUCGUCAAAGGGUUGCAAUCGUGACAUUAUUGUUGUUUAAACAAAAUGGCGGACAAACCAUAGACAAUAAAGGACUCCGUAGUCAAAGGAGUUCUGAUUUCGUGGUACGAAGAAAAAUGCUAAGUACAAACUAUGAAGUCUUAUGAAUUUACAGAUAAAAAAUGCCCUUUCGACCUAACAGAUUUUUUAUCUAGUUUUAAUGUGCCAUCUUAUUACUUAGUUACCUUAGAGCACACGGAAAUGUGAUUUCGCGUUAGGCAUAAUGUUUUACAUGCCCAGUGCGUACAGAGAAAGUUAGCUGUGUUAGUCUAUGGAAAGUAUUUUUUGGUGCAAUUUUUCGCUUUUUCUUUAUUCUGCAAAUGGCGGGAAUAGUGCCAAAAACGGGGUUUAAAAUGUGAUGGAAUAAAUAUUAUUUUUGUAUUCAUUAUUUUUUCAUAGCUUAUUUUGUAUUUUUUUUUAAAUAUUGUAGUGACAUAACGUGCUUAAGUUUUAUUUUUACCGCCAAAACGGCCGUGUUAUUCUUUUGUAGUAUUCUUUUUCGUUCUUAACGGCAGCUUAUGCAUAAUUGUUUAAAAAAACUGCCAUUAGUAAUUUCUUUAAUUUUAUUUCUUAGUACUUAGAUAAGUUGCGCUUGUAGGCGAAAGUUUUAUAUUAUAGAACGAAAAUAAUAGAAUUUUUAAAAGUCAUUUCCGUACGUACUUAGACAUAAUGUCUACUGCAUUCUGUUUUGCCAAUUUCUAAAACUGAUUUUACAUAUUAAUGUUAAGUCUAGUGGAAAAUACGUGGCUUUAUUACGCGUGCACAAUUUGUGCAAUCGUAACAGGUAGAAAUGCAUUGCCCAGGUGUUAUGGUGCUUGCUGUGUAUUUGAUAAUGUUGUUAGUCACCGGCGCAGCCUACAGUAACAACAUAAUAUCAAAUACACUGCUACUACAGCCUCAAGUCGCAGUCGUGAGAAAGACGCUUCCGUUCCAUUAAGUUUCGCGGUAAUGUAAAUUGAGCCUAAUAUCAUCGAUACUAAUUCUGUGCGCGUAUUUCAGUAACGUAUUUAUCACCUCGUUUUCCAAUUUUAGAAAUACAAUAAGGCCGAAAAUCGACUAAGUCAUCGACAAAUCGAAUUAAAAAAAAAGUAAUCGAGACGCCUUGUCUUAGAGAUUAUCGAUGUCGAUAAAAAAAUGCAUUGGUUUUCAAAAGGACAACGCUCUUACAUUUAAAAUUGUAAAAUGUUUUAAUUUUAGAAACGUGUACAACAGGAUCGACAGUUGAGAAACCUAGUCGUUAUGUAUUUAAAUUAAGUGAUCAUGAAAAAAAUAUUUACUUACCUAAAAAAGUAACUAAUAUUGUAUUAGGUAAUGCUGAAAUCAGUUGCGGACAUUCUUCGUCGUGUGUUGUGACCCGUAAAAUAUUUUUCGGGAUUUAAAGAAACUCCCAAAGUAGGUAUUAUUUUUUUUAAUGGAGCGUUACGUUUAUAUCCAUUGAUAUAGAUUUCAAGUUAACGCUAUUGACUGAUUAAUGCAGCUUGUUUAUUUUUUUCAGUCACUUCGUUUAAUUAUACUUUUUAAGUCAUUAACGUGCCAAUAAAUACCAUUGUUGUUUAAAUACAUUUAAAGAAUAGUUACUACAUGUAUAAGAUAAUAAAUAAAAUAUACGUAAAAGGUAGACAAUUAUAUGGAAAUGUAAAUUCGACACAGUAUGAUAUUAUUAUGGUUAAUAAUAAAUAAUAAAAUAAAUUUAAUAGAAUUUAGAAAAAUAUCCCCAGGUAUUGUAGAAAAGGGGAAGAAAUAAUAAAUACAGUACAAAAAUUAUUGCAAAAAAUUACCUCAUGUUUGAAACAGUGUAUUAUAAAUAUCUAUAGGUUUAAUAAUUAAAAAAAGUUUUUAGAAA